AUGAACCUAGGUUCUUACCAGUCUGAGAGGCAGCCCUCCCUGAGCUCAUUCCUGGGCUUCAUGGGUUCCAUAUGCACAUAUGGGGCCCUCACCCAGGCACACCAGGAGGAGCUAGUCUCCUACGGGUCAAGCAGUCUGCUAGUGCCAGUUGAAAUCCAAGAGGCAUGGAGAACUCCCCUCAGAGGAUCCGAUUUCUCAGAUCUGUAUCCCCCCCUGUGGAUGAAGAGUGCUGGUCAGUUCAGUGACUACAAGGUAGAGAACGGAAAGUACAUUAUUGAUCCCUGGGUAUACUCUGAGAGAAUGGGGAUGUAUAAAAUCUUAGUGAAUAAGACAGCCAGCUUUUUUGAAAACCUUGUAGCAGACAAUGAACAAAAUAUUUUAUGGGGAUUACCUCUCCAGAAUGGCUGGCAAUUUAGAACAGGAAGAUUAGCUGAUCCCAGCCGAAGGAAAGACUGUGGUUAUGAAUCUGGAGAUGUUUUGUGUAUCUCUGUGGACAGUUGGUGGGCUGAUAUGAAUUACUUUCUGUGUGCAUUACCCUUCCUUGCUGCAGUUGAUUCUGGCAUAAUGGGGAUAUCAUCAGACAAUGUCAUGCUUUUGCCACCGCCCAAGGAUGAGACAAAGUUUUGUCUUAAUGUUUCUAGUUGUCAGUCAUCCUUUCCUGAAAUAAUGAGCAAGUGGAAUGCCUUUUACCAGCAUUUACAGUAUCCUUCUAGCAGCUUUGAAGACCUGUUAGAGUACUUCUGGGCUGCACAUGUCUCAACCCUGGAAAAGGCUGGCAAACUAUUUGAAGAUCGGUUGGAGUAUUAUUCUAAACCAGAAGCAGAUUUUGGAAGAAAUUGGUGUGUGGCUGUGAAAUAUUUAGCUGCAUUCCUCUUUCCUACAACCUUGAUUAGAACAUCUGAAUUCCAGAAGGGGCUGCCACCAAGAAUGCUUGUUAAUGGGGAUAGAGCCCCCUUCAUCAGCGACUUUACUGACUUUCAAAACACUGUCCUGCUUGUUCUAAAUUUUCUUUCCAGAAUGGAUAACUCUUCAGGUUUAUUAUCACUGAGCAGAUGGAAAUUAUUAAUGAAGACACAGGAUGUAAGAAAGCAAGUUCUGGAGCUUUUUGAAAUAAUUCUUAAAAUCUUUAAUCCAACAUUUCUGGAUAUUCUCAAUGUUUAA